GUAAAAGUCGACUUCGACUUAAAUUCCUAGUGUGUGUAUAUUAACAAAAAAAAUUGGUGAUUGAAUAAAAUUGAAAAAGCUUAAAAAUACAUAAUGGGAGCAUCAUUUUUUCCUAUUCUCUUCUUCACCGCCAUCUGGGCCAGCGUGGGUAUUGGUCUGCCAAUGAUGACACCUAAAGGACCCCAUCAAAAUCUCAUACGUUGCACUUUAAUGUUGACUGGAGCGACGUGUUGGCUAUUUUGGCUAUGCUGUUACAUGGCCCAAAUGAAUCCUUUAAUAGGACCCAAACUAAAUCAACAUGCCAUUUUCAUGAUUGCCAGAGAAUGGGGCAAUACCCUGAAGGAAGGCUAAAA